CAUGGGCUGGCCGUUUUUACGAAGUGCUUGAAAUCAAGCGGUGUUUGAGUUUCAAAAAUUGGUAGACUGUGAAAGAGAAAGAGGCGAUUCUUUGGCGAUUAUUGCGGUCAAAGAGCCGCUGAAAACGGUGAGAAGGAGCACAGAAGGCAAACUGAACGUGAGGUGAGUUAUUUUCUACGAAGAUCUCGAAUAAUUGCGGGAACUGACGUAAUUCCAAUUGGGAGAGUCAGCGCAUAGUUAGUUCAGACCAUGGGUGGGUUAUCCAUGUCUCUCUUAAAAUAUGCGUAAUAUUAUGACUCUGUGGCAAUCUGACAUUCACUUAUUUUUUCCUGUAAAGCUUCAUUCUUCUGAAUUCUCAUUAUAUUUAGCUGUACAAUAAACAAUGCGCGUAUAGCGAAAACCAUAUGUCAAUCUACAAGACCCAAAGUUUUUGAGAACUGAUCCGGUUAGAGAACUUUGUACAGUGACCUUCUUUUGCUGAAAGAUAUUACGAUGCCCUUGCCGGUAUAAAUUUUGGGCAGUAUAACGUCGUGUGCUUAGUUUCUUUAGAUUCAAGCGACUAACCUUGCAUCCAUUUGUUGUUUUAUGACUCACAGGAAAUCUAGCAGAGCGAGGGUGUCGCUUGUAGUAUGGAGUGAGCGCGAUGGUUAUUGUACACAGAUCGCUCAUAAAGGAAUGUUUUCAGUGGAAUUCAAGAUCAUAGAUGCUCUUGAUUUGAACAAAAAAGUUGUUAGGAAAGACUAGGACAAUUUUGAGCCAUGGUUUUGACUCCCAGACAGAAGGAAGAACUGUAAGUUUGUGUGGGUUUGGAAAACUUGAUUUAUUCAUCUUGUAAAUUGAUUGAGUUGUGCUUGUUUCCAGAUCGAGGUUGCGCUGGCAAGUUAACCUUUCCCUUUCUGUGCCCAUAGAUUAGUGUCCUACCUCCUACAAUAAUUAUGUCGUGCUAUGAAACAUCGUUUACCGCAAUUAUGUCGAUAUUUUUUCAAAGCCCUGACGGAUCAUUGCGGAUUAGCGCAUUGUAGUUGAUCACAGACAAAGGUGGACUCUUGCAGGUUUCACUUCCCGUGAACAAUGUAUUUUCAACCUCUCCACGUUCAUAUUCCUUUCUCUGACUUUUGUCACCUUCUAACUACUAGUUUAUUCUUCAGACACAAAGCCAUUGCUGACUAUCUUUUCCAAUGUGGCUUCGAAGAUGCCCUGAAUGCUUUCAAGAAAGAUGCAAAUAUGGUGAGAAUCGAAUUUAUCACUUUCUUGUUUAUUUCGCUUACACUUUGUUUUGCUGCUGUAUGCUGUCAAAUAUCCUUGUAAUCAAAGUUCUUAACCUUUUAUCUCCCAUGUUUAGUUGACUUAAUCCUCCAGGGGAUUUUGUGUAAUCUUUUCUCCCUAAGGCAAAGGGGUAGAAGUUUGUAGUGUCACAGUACCUCCUUUUAGUUUUUAGUCGCUCACACAGGGAUACAACGUAACAUCAUUCCACUCUUUUUAUUGUUAUGUUCUGUCAGAACAUAUCUUUGCUCAAGUUAUUUUAAAAAAGAAAAUCUUUCUUCUUGACAACUUAACUGAAGGUUUUGGGGUGCAUGUUUUUUUGUUAUUGUAGCAGAUGUUGAUUAAUUGAUUAUUACUGUUCCCACCUGGCUGGUAGUCAUCGAAUGGGUGCAACAUUCCUGUUGCAAAACAAGCAAUAGUAGUGCUGUGCCUUAGAGUACUAAAAGCAAACAAAAAUUCAAGUAAAAUGGCGAACCAUCUGUACAAACUGAUGGUAAACGAGUUUCAUGUGAAAUGAAUGGUCACAUCAUUAGCUUUCAACGACAAUAUUGAAUAUAAAGUACGUCAUAAAAAGAUAAAUAUUCCAUGUGACCUCCUUUCUUACCUGGCAUAAGAACCUUUUAGUCCUAGGAAUUUUUCUGUGGAGAAAGAAAAGUAGCUCUUAUCUCAUGGUUGCUUUCUAUUUUUAGCCUGGAGAAUUGGACAAAAAGUAUAGUGGUUUGUUAGAAAAGAAAUGGACUUCUGUUAUUCGUCUUCAGAAAAAGGUUGGUUUGCGUUGUACCUCAGGGUACCAUUACUCAAGUCCUAGCACAAAAAAUCCAGUAAAUCACUGGCUAAACAGAACAUCUAUAAUGCGACGUCUUGUCCCUUCCCUGGGCCUAAGGUGGUUGCUUUAUAGAGGUUUGAGUGUAUUACUUUAUAAGUACUUGACUUUACCAGCCUGCAGACAUUUUAUGGGAACAGAGACCAAAUUUUGUUGUUACCUAUAUGUGCUAACUGUUGAUCAGAAGGAUCUACGUAGAAGGUGUUCAUUUCCACAUAUUGGUUUAAGUUCCAUUAAAUCCUAGGACAUUUUAUGAGGACAGCACAGUUACUGACAAGUCAUAUAUGUAUGUUGUGGCUCAUUUUCAUCCUUGGUUUUAAAAUUUAUUUUCCUAGGUUUUAACCUCAUUAUUAUACAUUACCCUGCCCUCCUCAAUUAAAGGGGAAAAGAUUGACCAAGGAUAAAAUUGAUUCCCAAUAUGCAGUGAUUUUGUUACAAAUAGUAAUGUUAUGGUGAGUCCUGGGACUCAUCUUAUGAAAAAUCAUGAGAACCAUCGAGUCCCAGUUAAAAAAAAAAGUCCUAAAAUUAAAAUGCUUGGGCCUCUAUGUAACCAGACAGUUAAUCUGAGGACAGACUCCAAAACUCUUUAUUGCAGUUUACUGCAUUGAAAAUAUAUUCCUUCUAUUUAAAGCUCAAAAAAGACUAAAACAAGUAUGCAUUACACUUACAUAACAGUCACAAAAACAACUGCAGAAAUCACAGGGACAGGAUAUUCUAUAAAAACAAUCUUCAGAUUGAUCAAUCAAUGUUGCGUCCUAUGGGAUGCAUGUUAUGAAUUUUUUUGCAUGUUUCGGCAUUUUUAGGUAUCAGCGAUGCAGGACGCAGAGGUAACAAAAUUGCUGAAUAUGAAAUUCCUAGUGGAGCACUCAGUGUGUUGCUUUUCAAAGAGGGCUGUUCCAAAAGUAUUUCGUGACUAGCUAUUUGUAGAGACAAAGUGGCUGUUUUCAGCUGACUUGCACCCACCCAAAGGCUUGUUGCAGUAAAAACGUUUGGUGCCAUCUUUUGUCAGUUAAAAAAAGAAAAUUUGUGAACAGGAUUGAUUACACUUCUUGCUGUUAUUUGAGUUCCCCAAAACACUUUACAAGUAAGUAACAACAGAAUUCAUGAGCCCCAAUAGCAAAAUCUAGUAGCCUCGGGCUAGCAGACACAACUUUCUUUGCACGCCGGUAAAAAUAAAAUCUAAAUCUUGCUUUUAACAAAUCGGUAUAUAGAUGGAGAAAUGACUGGCUGCAUUAUGAUUAAAUUGUAUUUUCUCAAAUAUCCCGUUAGGUUAUGGAUUUAGAAGCCAGAUUGUCAGAGGCAGAGAAAGAGGCCAAUACGGGGUCUGUAGUGAGCAAAAACCGCUCUCCAGAAGACUGGAUGCCUAGACCUCCAGAAAGGUUAGAGCAGACAUUAUUUGAUUUGGUUUGACGGCGUAAGUGUGUUGUAAUUCCUACAUGAAUGUAGCAAAAAGUCAAGGACCUUUUGGGUUUUGUUGUGAAUACUUUCUUUGUCAUCUGUACACUCUUUGUCACAUGUUUACAUUCUUCCACUUGUAGUCUCUCUCUUAUUUAAAAAAAAGGUUUAAAAUGUCUGACAAUUCUUUAAUGUGACUUUUUUUCUGUGACAGAUAUGCUCUGACUGGCCACAGAAGCCCAGUUACCAAAGUUUUAUUCCACCCAGUGUAUAGGUAAAACUUUUAGUAUAUACUGCAGUAAAACUGUAAAUUGAGUUAAUUUAGUUUUUUGGUCUUUUGUCAGAAGAGAAGAAAACUAAGCCAAGUUUACUUUUGCAAAGACUUCUGAGACUGUUACUAGAGACAGGGGAAAAAAUUGGCUAAUAGCUGGCCAGUACGUCUCCAGUAAUAAUCCCAGAGAUACUUGCAGGAUGCAUUUUGACUCUAGUUCCCUUUGUCAUUUCUUAACCCUUUAAGUCCAAAUAGUGACCAACAUUAAUUUUCUCCUAACAAUAUCCAUACAUUUUCAAGAGAUGAAGUUAUGAGAAUUAAUAAAAUGAUCACCAUAGAGAAAAUUGCAAGAUCUUUUAUCAAAUUCUCUCAACUAAUUCCUAAAGGAGAUGUAUGGAGAUCAGUUUGGAGAAUGUGUAUGUGGAUAUUGGGGCUUAAAGGGUUAAGUGAAAAAUGCAUUGGUGGGGCUGACAAAUUUUUAUCUUUCCAUGACCCUGAUUGAAAGAGGUAUCCCCAAAAGAUUCAGAUGUCCACAGGUUUAGAAUUAAGAACAAUUUUCUGUUGUUGGUUCUGAGGGUUAAGUAUUGUUUAGAUAGGGAUAUGUACUUAGUAGCUGUUGCUUUGGAGAAUUCGAUCUACAGUCUGUACAACCUUUUUGUUUAUAUUUACACUUCUCUCUACAGCAACUGUAGAUAUAAAAAAGGAAAUAAAAAGGGACACUUCACAGUACCAUUGUCGUAGUCUUCUACGAUGUCAAUUUCAAACCCUGAUACUUUGACCUCUGAAGCUUGCCUGGGACAAGGGUCACACAGAUGCUGUACAGGAUCUAUCAUUUGAUCAUACCGGAAAAAUAUUAGGUAAAAACGAUUCUACAAUGAGCUAGUGAUUCUGACUUCUAUUGCUAUCACAAACAAUAUUGGCUGGAGACUAAUGUUGUUAGAUACAGUCAAAACUGCAUGCGUGAGCUUCUCUCAAGGGACCACCUCCUAUGAGCCACAGAACCAAGAUACUGAACAGUGUUUCCAGUUAAUGUGCUACAGCUGAAACCUCUUGUAAGCCAUGGUACAUGUGGAGCAAAUUUUUUGUUUAGGAAUCAAUUCAAAGUGGACAGACUGCAAAUUAUAGUAGUUGCUAAAAAUGUAUAUAUCUACGUGUUGCAACUGUUCAUCAGUAGGAUGCCUAAAAUGCGUGCAAUUCCACAAUUGGUUUUGGCUCCAUUAAAUCCUAUACCAAUGUGAUGGCAAGGCUUGAACCCAAACCAAUAGAUCCAAUGUUCAAGAUCUUGUGAACAAAACCAAAAAUAAUUGUUUUAAAAUUUAAGAGGAUGUUGGCGAUGUUUUCGAUAGGAAGAGUUUGUCAAAAUAGGAUGUCACUUUGUUAAAGGAAAACUAACAGCAUCCCUUGAUAAAGUGCCAACCUUUUCUAAUAUUAGUUAUACCCUCUUGUCCUGCGUGUGACUAAAAUUGUAAAUUAAUAUUCAUAGUUGCUUGGACAGUAUGGUAGUUGACUGAUACUUAUCAUAUUUAUUGUUAUUUUAGCGUCAUGUUCUGCUGACAUGUCCAUUAAAUUAUGGGAUUUCCACGAAUUUGAGUGCGUCAAAACUUUAACUGGUGGGUGUGUUUUUUUGCUGUGCGUGAUUUGUUAAUUUUGUGUACUAAAGUUUGAACAAGUCUUUAAAAAACUGUCUGCCUGAAAUUUUGUUGAGUUUGUUCUCUUCUGAAAUGGUAUUGAUGAAGAUCUUUCUUUUUUAACAAAAAACAGGACAUGACCAUAAUGUCUCGUCAGUGACAUUUCUGCCAUCAGGAGAUUAUUUAGUGUCAUCAUCUAGAGAUAAAACUAUAAAAAUGUGGGAAGUUGCUUCCGGGUAAGUGUCACUAAGGGCUGACUUUGUUUGUUAUUGUCAUUGAGAAAAUGGAAAUACCAAAGAUAAUAAGUGAUGGAUAUAGUUAUUUAUCUGUCACUUGCCGGCACACUUUCCUUGUGGAUAAUGUAAACCUUAAAACAUCAAAUAAUUAUAAAUUUGUGAGUCUUCAUUAGUAAUUUGUAACUUGCCACUUCAUUACCCUUGUUCCCCUCACUAAUGGGUGAACUCAUGGUGUAAUCUGAUUUUAUAGUUUUUGUGUGAAGACUUUCCAAGGUCACAGAGAGUGGGUCAGAAGAGUACGUGUUAGCAAUGAUGGUAAGUUCUGCACGCUUUAUCAUUUUCAAGGUUUGGAGGUUAUAGAAUUCUCCUCACCCUCCUUUUUUCAUCCAGUUGACUGUUUUAUGAAGAAAUAAUAGUAAGCUUAAGCAACGAGAACGCUGACAUCCUGGACGUCAUGAAUAGCGACUGGAAGAUCUAUGUCUCACUUGAUGGAACACUUUUGUCUCACACAACUCUGAAUGUCUUUGUUUUAACUCCUGCUGUAUGAAUUUGUUGAGGUAGCACUGAAAGAGAGAAAAUAUCAACUUCCGCUGCCAUUUUUGACAUUCUUGUUGCUUAAGGUCCCUAAUAGUUCACAACAUUGUUUAGGUUUUAUGUCAGAGAUACUUAGAAAUGACUGAUGGUCAUAUCAACACCAAGCAAUCACUUAAAAACAAAACUUAGACUGUCUUAUUUCCUGCUUACCAUGAUGCUCUCUAGUUGGGGACACUAUAAUAACAUUAUGCUACCUAAAGUUUAUUACUAAACUUACCUACAAUUAAUAUUAAAUUACUUAAAUAUUAAUAUACAACAUAUUCUUGAAGUGAUGAACUUGCAUUCUUAAAAUUUUGCAACUUUAAAAUUAAUGGGUUUUUAAUGUUGCUUCCAUUUCACAAUCAGGUUCUUUGUUAGCAAGUUGCUCAAAUGAUCAGGUAAAAAAACCUACUUCUAUAUUCUUUCCCUCUUUAUAAUAUUUUAAAGUAUAGUUUAAGAGAAAUUUUAAGGUGCAUACUGUAUGUAUUUAUUGAGUGACAUAAUGUCAGUGGAUACUUAAACCUUUACCCUGUGGAAAUGUGAAUAACAUGUACAUUUUGUUCUCUUUUAGUAACAUACACUGUACUUAAGACCUAGAUUUGGUCUCUGCUACGUUUCAGUCAUUUUUUUUUACUGACCAGUAUACAGUAUUCACUUCACUAGGACAAGCAGUUAUAGUGUAUAAGUGCUGUUUCCAACUGCAUCUUCUUAAAACCGAUUUACUUGGCACAACUUUCUUGCAUGCAAUGUGCUUACAAGAAUCUUUUGACAACUUACUUGCAGCUAUCCAAAGUUUGAUUUACAAGCUAUGAAUUGGGUUGAAGGUCUAUUGUAAGCACAUCACAUGUGACAAAGUUGUACCGUGUAAAUCAGCCUCUAGGAAGAGUUGCCUGUAAUGUUGUCUUUUGUGUCUGUGGAUGAAUCCUUAGCAUGGCCACUCAGUCCUCUUCUUUGACUGACCAAUAAACAGUAUACAGUAUACACUUCACUAGGGCAAGCAGUUACAAUGUAUAAGUGUUAUAUUUCUGAAGAGCGAUUUACAUGGCACAACUUUCUCACAUUCAACGUGUUACAAUAAUCCUACGACAUGAGUUGUAUCAUGUAUAUCUCACUUACAACUUACUUGCAGCUAUUCAAAGUUUGAUUUACAGGCUAUGAUUUGGGUUGAAGGUUUAUUUUAAAGCACAUCCAAUGUAACAAAGUUGUCCCAUAUAAAUCAGCCUCGAGGAAGAGUUGCCUGUAAUGUUGACUUUUGUGUCUGUGGAUGAAAUCUAUAGCAUGACCACUUAAAUGAACUAACAUAUAGUUUGUUUGUUUGAGUUGCUUCGUAACUCAAUGGAGUGUGGAAUCUUUAAAGUUUUGCCGUCGAUAAUAGGGAUUGAAAAGUUGAAACUACAGAAUUGUAUGCCAGCAAUUGAUUGCAUAUUUUUUACAUGUAUUUACUCCCAUGGUAGUUGGCAAAACGGCGUGGAAAUUUAUGUCAAAUUGCAAAUUUCUUUGCAGACAAUCCGUGUGUGGGUGGUAGCAACAAAAGAAUGUAAAUGUGAUUUGAGAGAUCAUGAACAUGUAGUAGAGGAUGUGUCAUGGGCCCCAGAAGCUGCAAACCCUUAUGUGAUUGAAGCGGCAGGAAUUGAGGUAAUUCUCUUCUUCGGGUUUUCAGGGGGCAUGAAGUUUUAGAUUAGAGUUGACUCUCUCUUAACAGACACCCCCAUAAGACGGAUGCUGCAGUAAAACAGAUGCCUAGAGUUGGUCCCUGCUUUCUUUACUCCCCUUAUUUGACUCUUAUAAGGUGGACAUCACUCGUAGACGGACACUUAGUACGGAUCCCUAAGGUGUUCUUCUCAGAGAGAGUUGACUGUAUUAAUAUCUGAUCUUAAUAUAUAGAGGAUAUUACAUGGCCGCGCGGAGAUACGAAAUUUCUCUUUGAGUGAUGAAAAAUAUUUCAUGAGUAAGUGCAGCGAACGAGUGAAAUAUUUUCAACAUGAGAAGAGAAAUUUCAUAUCUCCAAGCGGCAAAGUAAUGUUCUAUUUAUUAUAUAAACACCAAUGAAAUACCAAACCAUUUCAUGGAAACAGUUUUUUCCUGCGAAAGGCGCGAUUUAUUAUGUGGCCAUAACAACUGUGAUAUUUUCACAUGUGAAAAUAACGCGUUAUUUUCAUGUGUGAAGAUAUAAUGUUUUUGCGCGAAAGAUCACCUGGUAUUUCAUUGGUGUUUAUAUAAUAAAAGUUGUUAUUCUCCUGGAAAAGAAUAUUAAUGGCCAAUUUUAGUGGUAUAUUGGUGAUGACUUUUACCUUUUCUUGAUAAACUUUGCAUUAAGAUCUUAAACAUGUCUGUCUCCCAAAAAUGUUAACUCUGCUCCUUUGUUGUGUCAGAUACAUGUUCUAAAAUUUCCAUUAUUUUACAUAAGUACAGAAUGGAUAAAGCAGUGUCUGGAAUCAAGCCUAAAGUGACCUCUGAUAAAGUGUUAGAUUAUCGUUCUCAUUUUCUUUAUGUAUGGUUGUAAAUCACAGGGAGAAUUAUUUUGAUUUUAGAAUGGGAGUUACAUAGCGCCUUCCCAGAUCUUUUAUUUAUCAAUUAGUUCUUUAUUUGGGUAAAUCAUAAAUAUUAGAGAUAUUACAGGUUUUCAGUAUUAUAUUUUAAAAUGAUAUUUUAUUUGCUUGCAAUUUUUGAACAGGGUCCAAAAAGAGGAGGAAAUCCUGGACCAUUUUUAGUAUCAGCUUCUCGUGAUAAAUCAAUCAGAAUGUGGGAUGUGAGUACUGGAGUGUGUCUUAUGACCUUGGUAAGUGGUGUUACAAAAUAACAUUGUAAGCAAGUGUAUUAAUUUUAUGGGGAGAUAAUAAUAAUCAAAACUAAAAUUUAAUGAUGAUAAAGAACUGAGUGGAGUUCAAUUUGGUAUUAAAUCAUUAGGGCUGUCAUUAAGAGGUGGCAGACAGGGAUUUCGCCCCGCUAUGAAUGUGCCCCCCGGUUAAUAGAAGACAAAUAGAACCAAAAGAAAUCCCUGGCUGUCUUAUUCCCUGCCUACUUGUUGUAUUUACCUGGCAACUUGAAAUCUUAGUGACAUCUCUGCAUCAUACAACUGAUUAAACAAAAUCGGAUGUCUGCUUAGUGGGAAUCGGAUUUGUUUUGGCAGGAGUAUGAGUAGAGACAAAGACAAGACAAAGUUCUGUUACUAAUGUUAAUUUUGUGAUAACUUAAAAUUAAAGCACAAGAUUGUUCAAAAGUGUUUGCUAGAAGUGAAAAAAAUAAAUUAUAAAAGUGUGUGUGUACAACGACACGUACUGUCCUAUAACACUUCUUAUCAAUGCUGUAAUUAGGGCUGCCGAUAGCCAAUCAGAUAAGGGAAUUUUGUUAUGGUUAUGAUGAUGAUGAUGGUAGUAAUCAUCAUCAUCAUGAGGACUUGAGACUGAUCCAAUACCUUUGAUGGGUGCCUGCAGUUGGGCUUAUUGCUAACCAGGUGGCUAUGAUGCAGUCUUCUAAGGCUUACUGGCCACCAUGAAGAAUUUCCCAUUGAUACUACAUUUACAUUGAAAGUGUAAAUAUACUUUUCUUCAUGAUGAGAUUAUUCUAGUAUAUAUUAACCAAGAGUUACUCCUUACAUCUUUCUUCUUAUACUGUGUUCCCUCUUCUUUUCUAACAGGUGGGGCAUGAUAAUUGGGUGCGUGGGGUGAUGUUUCAUCCAAGAGGCAAAUAUCUAGUUAGCUGUUCUGAUGACAAAACUCUUAGAAUAUGGGAUUACAAAAAUAAACGAUGUGCUAAAACUCUUACCGCUCAUGAACACUUUGCAACAACCUUAGGUAAGUUCCUUGCCGCUUUUAAAACCAUGUUUAACUCCAUCCAUUUGGGCUACAUAAACUUUUAGUGGACCUUUACCUAUCCUACACCAAUGCAAAGUUAAGCAGUUCUAGCAAAGGCAUUUUUGAGUGAUGCAUGUCAACAUUUAGUGCAAUUUUUGCAUUGUUGGGCACUGAUUUUCCCAAAUUUCUGGGCAAAUCCUCUAGUCAAUAAUAAUUCCAAAAUAAAGGCACUUAGCCAUAUAAAUGUGGUCGAGUUGAUUCGUAAUAAAAGGGAAAAGGUCUCACUUGUCGUUGACAUGCAUUCUCAAAAAUGCAGGGGUUUCAAUAAAAAUUGUAGUAGCCAGCAGGUUUGAAUCGAGUAACUGACUGUAUGAACAAGGGGCCAUUGUUCCCCUUCUUUGAGGGGGAGACUGGGCGAGUUCUGCUCCAGAAAAUUUGACAUUUCAAAGCCCUGAAAUGCGAUUUUCAGCUUUCUGGGGACUAAAUUUGUGGACAAAAGAGCGUGUUUUUCAUUCAAGAAAAUGCAGCUUUCAAAUUAUUUAUCAGUCACACAAUCAAUUCCUACAAGCAAUGAACAAAUGAUGAAAACUAAAUUAUGUACUUUUGCAUGUAAACAAAUUGUGGGUAAACCUAUAAAUAUACUUGUGAAAAAAUGAUUGAAAUAUGGCGUUCACAUGACUAAAGCAUAAUGUAAACCCAGGGGGCCUUUAUGAAAACGCACCGUAAUUAAAUUUUCAUUCAGAUUUUAUGAUAUAUUUUUCGUUUACAAUGUUAUUCAAACCAGUUGCUUCUUCUUUCUAAAAAAAAGUAGCCAACCUCUAUGAGCAAAGUAGCCGAUGCCUUUCGUCGGCCGUCGGUGCUUAUUGAAACCCCUGAAAAUGUCUUUUAUGUCUUUUUGAGGCUCCCUAUUGUUUCUUGAAAGAUUUCCAAUCACACAGAUUUUGUUCCACUUUGAGUUCUCUUUUUGGAAAUCAUGGACAAAACAAUGUAAUGCUCAAGAUAGCUGCUUGACCCUUCACCCCUUGCAAAUGUCUAAGGAACAAUAAGAAGUUUUUGUAUGUUUGCUUUGUGUUAAAAGAAUUCCAGGUUCUGUCACGACUGUUCAAUCUCUCAUUUGCUGUUUGUCUUCAUUGCAGAUUUCCACAAGUCAGCACCUUUUGUUUUAACUGGAAGUGUCGACAUGACAAUUAAAGUGUGGGAAUGUCGUUGAUAAUUGACAGGGCACGAGCUUUUCAAGGUUAAUGUGCUGAAAUAGCACUCAUAUGGAAAGUGGUUGUUAGGAUUCAAGAAAAGGACCUUGCAGGACUAUAGGGAAUGGAGGAAGAGACUGGGAGCUUUCAUGAUUAGGAUUAAACUGUUUUCAAACUGUGCUGAGCAAAUCUCUUGAACAACGUCAUUCUUCAGUAACAGAGAAAAGUUAUUAAUGUUGUAUUUUGUAUUUUGGAAAGUUUUAAUCAUUAUUUUCCUCUGUGCAUUUGCUGCUGGCCAUUGGAAAAAUGAAGUGUUGAAGGUCAAGUUUGAACACAAGUGGCUCUUUAAUGAUGUUGGCUUCUUGACAUGGUACUUUUCAUGGUUCUGGCAUGCCUUGUGUCUGUGAAGUAUCGACUAUGUCACUUAUUUAGAAUCAAGACCCUAUAAAAUGGUGUUAGAGUUAAAUUAACACUACUGACACACCCAGGAGAAAUCAGACAAACUAGAAUACAAUGUACUGUUCUACCUGGUGCUUGGGGUUUCCUUUCCCUAGAGUUUACAGUCAAUAUUAAAGGAACCCCCUGAAAGCUACUUUGAGGAAUAUUAUUGUUAGAUAUAUUUUUAAUUUUUUGUCCUAAGCUAGGGGUAAAUAAAUUAGACAAUAUAAUAUAGUAGUUUCAUAAAAUGGAAAGCAAAAAUGACAUGUAUGUUCCAUUAUGGUUUUUAUCAGCAUUCAAGGUAGUGACAUGUGGGUUGACCAAUACAAUAAUUUUGCAGUUCUCUCUGUCUCAAAGAGAAUGUCAUCUAUUGAGACUUAAUAUCAUUAAAGUAUUCAAAGUGAAACUACCAUAUGUGUUGUUUUUUCAGGGAAAUCCAGCUUGCUCUGAUCUGAAAUUUUUUAUUUAGCAGUGAAGACAGAUAAAAAUGUGGCAUUCAUAUUUUUAACUUUCAGAACAGCAAGGUGGUAAAUAAGCUUAAAAAAUAAGUUUAGUAUGUCAUGAGCUUGAGACAAAGAGCAGACAACUCUGAACUCAGAUUUCAAACUCUUGAAAUUUGUCUUUUGAGUUGAACUCUUAUGGAGAAGCAAAUUUCUUUCUUUGUUUCAUGGCUGUGACAUACUGAGUGUCACAUCUUUCACUUGUUUUUGUAUUUACUUUGGAGAAAAAGUCUUAAAAUAAUUUUGAGAACUAUUUGCUUUAGCUCCUUAAUGUACUUUUUUGUAGUUGUCAGAUUUCCUUGCUAUUUAAUAACCUAGUCUAAAGAUAAGGGGAAGGUAUUCUUAAUAUUAUUUAUUCCCUACCUUUAGAGCCUUCCCUUACCAGGGCAGAUCAGGAAGGGGGAGGGGAGAGUGAGUCCUACCCCAGUUCCUUAGAUAUUCUUUUGGCAUAGAUACAAACUUUGUAUCUGAGUUGAAUUCCUCCAACAUCAAAAUAUAAACUGUCUCUUUACUGAAAUAGAUUUCAUUACAGCAAUUUGGGUUCCAGGCAAAAUGUGACAGUUUCACUUUUUAAAUUCCUUACUGACUCCCACCUUUAAACCUUCUGGAUCAUAGGAUGUUGAUAAUGACUUUCCAUUUUAUUGAAGCUACAAUGAUUUAUGACCAAUUACUUCUCUGAAGGCUCAAAUCUCACCAGCUGCAAUAAUAGCUACAUUCACAUUAGUUGGCAAAGGUUCUUGCUUGUUAUAACAGCUAAGCUAUAGUUGUCAUCAUUUCUAAACAUCAUAGGUGUAGAUGACGUGGUGUGUGCUAGAUUAUUAGUGAUCUUAGUUGACAGAUAUGAUUUUCGAAUGGUAUGAAGGUGCCUUCACAUGGAAAGACCGGUGAAUGCCAAGAAAUGCUUAGAGCACUGUUUAAAACGGCAGGAGUGUUUUAUCAGGUUUAAAAACUCAAGGUGAAGCUGAGAGUUUUUACGCCUGAUAAUACAUGACUGCGAGCUUUUUGAACAGCUUCAAAAUCUCUGAUAUAGAUCAACUCAUUCCUGCAGUAAUAUUUAGAUUUGGGGUUAUUUGGUCUAAAAAAUUGGAUGUAAAGUUUAGCCGUGUUUUUAUCAGAUAUAAAGACAUUCAUUAAACAUUAAUUUCUUUUGUUUUUUCUUUAUGAAUAAUUAUUAAUGAGUUUUUGAAGUGGCAGACCAAAAUGAAAUGCAUUGUUUCAUCUGAUAUCCAGAUAUAGAGAAGUGGGUUGAAAAAACGAGGUACAGGGCAUGGAAAGGGUUAAGAUAACCCAGGGUUAGUGCCAAAUUUGAAUUCAGAUAGGAAAGCUUAAGAAGCAAAUUCAGAUUAAAUCUUUUUGUCGGCAAUUCGAUGAUUGGAUGCUCUAAAAAGUAACAAGAAAAUUAUCCAAGAAAAUACUAUUAAAAAAAAAAAAUAGAGCAAUCCAGGUUAAAGUUAUCAGCCUUCGAACAACUUGAUCCAGGCAUUUUUCCAGGGUUUGUUUAAACUGACUU